AUGGACAGUGAGCAAAGCAAUCCUCUCAGUGAAUUUUAUUUGGCUUGUCGAAGUGGAGAUCUGAAUAAAGUUGAAUAUCUUCUAUCUCGACUCUCAUUGUACGAUCUCAACCAAUUUGAAUCAAAUGAAAGUACUGCUUUGCAUGCUGCGGCUUUCUUUGGUCAUAUCGACAUCGUUCGACUUUUGAUGGCACAUGGCGGUUUUUUGACGACACUGCGUAAUCGAUAUAAUCUAACACCUGCUGAAGAAUCGAGCGAUACCAUUCGCCAAUUAUUGCUCUUGCCUGAUAUCAUUCAAUUGCGAUUUCAAUGUACAGAUUCUAUGACAACAACACUUUUUACGCCUAUUUCGGCGAUCAGUGAUACUGACAAGCAAUCUUUGAUAACAACAACGAAUGAACCGAUUGCUCAACGACCAGAUUGGAUCGAUGCCUAUGAUAAUGCUCAAAGAAUAGCUCUAGAAAAUCAUGAAUACAUGCGAAAAUGGUUGACAAAGAUUCCGUUCACUCAUAUUAUAAACAUGAUUAAAACUGAUUAUCUUAAUCAAAUGAAUACAAUAUUGACUGAAGAUAAUCUUACAGUAAUUCAGGAAUAUAUUACAUUAGCAAAUGAUGAAGAUGAUGCUCGUUAUCUUGUUUAUGCUUACACAACACCAACAUCGUUCUUCAAACAGAUCAAUAUUGAUCUAGCUCAACGAGGUAUGUCAAUAAUCAUCGAAAAACUUACUAUUGCAUCAUCCACAAAGAUAUAUUUCAUUAUUAUAGGUUCUGACUUUCGAUUCGAAAAUAAUAUCUCAAAAAAGUAUCGAGAUGAUGAACCUCCAAUAGGCUUCGGGCAAUACCUGUUUGCCGCAGUGAUCAUCAAUCAUUCAUCCAUUGAUCAUUGGCGUUAUACUGGUGUAACUUAUCGUGGUAUGAAUAUCAGCAAUGAUGAAUUGAAUCAAUAUAUUUGUGAUGCUCGAAUUUUGACACGUUCGUUUUUGUCAACAUCAAAACGCAUAGAUACUGCUUUUCUUUAUCUUCAAUAUAAUAAUCCAAUUCUUCGGCCGGUAUUGUAUGUCUAUCGAGUGACACAACGUCAUACAAGUCUUACUAUUAGUGAUUUAAGUGCCGUUCAAGGCGAAGACGAAGUACUCAUUAUACCGUUUGUGGCAUUUCGUGUCGUUAAAGUCGAUAUUGAUUGUUUCUAUGUUUCUGAUCGUUGUCGAGUUUCUGUUAUUUUUCUUGAUGAAGUGACAAUAAAUGAAAAAAGUAAGUUGAAUUCAUGA